AUGCGGCUAGGGGCUGUCAAGGCGGAUCCUCUUGCGUCGCAGCGAACGGCAGGCAGUGCAGCAGGCGGAGAGCACGGCAGCGUCAGGAGUGGCGGUGAUCUGAAGGCCGGCACGAGCAACAAAAGGAAGCAAAGCACGCAAGAUGGGGGAGGCAGGAGACUUUUGACGUGGUCGCCGCAAAAGGGGAGACGGCGAGGGCCGCGCUUGUCCCAAAGAGCGCGGCGCGAGAGGAAGGCGCCGUCUAUUGCGAUCUUCCUCGUCCUCGUCGGUGUCCUCGUCCUCGUCCACACUGCACGCGUGAUCUAUAUUCAGACUGCAAUCUUACGGCCAUGGUGGUGCUGGUGCUGGUGCUGGCCCGGCGCAGGAACACUUCACAUCAGUGGGUUUCCCACGGAGCCCGCCAGUUCGCCCGCACACCUGGGCGUUCUCACCGCAACUUCUGGCCAGCAAUUGGCCCUGGGCAGCGACACCACGGCAGCCAGGUACCAUGCUUUCAGCCGCUUCCUUGCACCCGACCGGCCUGCUUUCGCCAUGUAG